AUGAAAUCGCGUCGAUAUCAAGAGUAUCAUCAAGUCCAAGGCAAAAAGUAUAGUUUGACGGUCAUUACUGCCAAACAUUCGAUGCACACAAGAGGUGGUAAUUUGAGUAAAGAUUAUGAAAUUUUGCCAAAGGACUGUAUACAUAAAAGUCAGGACAAGCUGCUCAAUCUGUGUAAUAUUGAAUGUCAUGGUGAUCAUGAUCCUGACCACAUCCAGCAAAAACCACAUCGAAUGGCAACGUCAGUUAGGAAAACAAUCUUAAGCAAAGCUAUAAAAUUUAUGAAUAAUGCGAAGAUUCUCAGCAUAACCUCCAACACGCCUGUUAAUCAAGUUCAAUCAACUUCUACUCGAUUUGCACCCAAUUUCGAGGCAAUUCAAAAUGCUCUCAAAUAUGAUAGAAAGCUGCAUUAUCCAAGCAUACUAGAAUUUGAAAAGGUUUGUUCUAUAAUGAAUACUUACGAGAUUGAAGGAACUGUCAUAUCAAAGCAAUAUGGUAUCAAAUAUACUCAGGAUCCAAAAGAUCAAGCUGUGCUUCUUGGUGUUGUAUCCACAAUCAUGCCAGAGCUGUUGGACAAAUAUCCUGAUUUUCUGGCUCGAUCCCAGGAUCAAGAAGAGUUCGAUCAAUGGAAGACUACUCUCUUAGAUGCGAAGAAGUUUCAGGCUGCCAUCGGGAGUACAUCCUUGGCUACUGCAGAGGCUAUUGCGUCUUAUUUUCAAGUGCACUGGUUUGGCAAAUGGAUGCUGGGAAAAUGGAGAGAUUUUGGCAAGAAGAAGGCAAGCCUCCAACAAAAUCAGAAUUACAACGAAAAAAAAAUAAAUGAACAAGAAAAAUUAUUAUAUAAGAAAAAUCUUGUACAAGAGAUUGAUCAGAACACUUGGAAUGUGACUCAGUUUGCUAGUACGAGUAUUGCCAUCCAGUACGCUACUGCUGAAUUAGAAGCUGACAUUGAUGAUGCCAGUAAAAAAAAUGAAUCAGAGUCUAGGAGCCUGGAAUUAAAGAUCACUGGCUCAAUUGAUGAGAAACAAUGGUUGUGUAUUACACGUAGAAAUGAAAAAUUUGCUUGCCCAUGUGGCUUCAAUGUUAUCAGUGAUCACGAUUGCCAAAAUAUUGUAGCUGUUCAUUUGUUCAUUGACAAGUCUGAGUUUCGAAGUAAGACCAAGUUACAAAGAUCCAUAGUUGAAUCAGUCAUAAGCAGCUCUCUUGAGUCUUAUCUUCGCCAGAAGGAUACCAAUGGUCAUGCUCAGAAUGAGUUCAAGCUAUCUCAGAGAAGAGGACCCAAAAAUAAGAGAAAAAAUCAGUUAAUGCCAGGAGAGUCGAUUCAACUUCGAGAUACAAUUUUGAACAAGCCUUACCAUAAGGUUCAGAUCAAUGAAAUUAUUGGCAAUAGUAAGAUUAUUGUGGAUAUUACCUUUGAAAAUGGUAGUAUAGAGCAAUGCAUAAUUCAGCUAGCUGACAUAAUCAGGUAUGUUGACGGGCCAAUGAAGAAGCAAAUUAUCUCCUCGUUUAAAGAUUCUUAUGGAAAUGUUGUCGUUCCUACAAUGCCAUACGGAGAAAAGAAAGGCGAGCUGCAAUUAACCUGUAUAUGCCCAGUGAACACAAGUCUCAUACUCAUCCAAAGCGUGUUCCUCACUUACAAAAAUAUCCAUAAACAUGCUGCUACCUUUGCUGAAGCUGAUCAAAAUUCACAGACGUGUCAUCUUCUUCAAUUAGCAAAAACAAGACAAGUGAAUUUAUUUGGAGGUCUUUCAGAAUACUUUUUUGAACAGUUUUUUCAUGAUUCCUUGGACCAAAAUAUCCUUGUCGUUAAAAGCACAGUAACAACU